CCGGUCGCAGGAGACUGGAGCCCGGGAGCCGCGCCGCUCGCCGCCAUGCGGUUCCGUUUCGGGGUGGUGGUGCCGCCCGCGGUGGCCGGGGCCGGGCCGGAGCUGCUGGUCGUGGGGUCUCGGCCUGAGCUGGGGCACUGGGAGCCGCACGGGGCGGUGCGCCUGAGGCCGGCCGGCACGGCGGCGGGCGCGGGGGCGCUGGCGCUGCAGGAGCCGGGCCUGUGGCUCGGGGAGGUGGAGCUGGCGGCCGAGGAGGCGGUGCAGGACGGGGCGGAGCCGGGCCGCGUGGACACGUUCUGGUACAAGUUCCUGAAGCGCGAGCCGGGAGGAGAGCUCUCCUGGGAAGGCAAUGGGCCUCACCACGACCGUUGCUGUAUUUAUAAUGAAAACAACUUGGUGGAUGGUGUUUAUUGUCUCCCAAUAGGACACUGGAUCGAGGCCACUGGGCACACCAAUGAAAUGAAGCACACAACAGACUUCUAUUUUAAUAUUGCAGGCCACCAAGCCAUGCAUUAUUCAAGAAUUCUACCAAAUAUCUGGCUGGGUAGCUGCCCUCGCCAAGUGGAACAUGUAACCAUCAAACUGAAGCAUGAACUGGGGAUUACGGCUGUAAUGAAUUUCCAGACGGAAUGGGAUAUUGUACAGAAUUCCUCAGGCUGUAACCGCUACCCAGAACCCAUGACUCCUGACACUCUGAUUAAGCUGUAUAAGGAAGAAGGCUUGGCCUACAUCUGGAUUCCGACACCGGAUAUGAGCACUGAAGGCCGCGUCCAGAUGCUGCCGCAGGCGGUGUGUCUCCUCCACGCGCUGCUUGAGAACGGACACACCGUGUACGUGCACUGCAACGCCGGUGUGGGCCGCUCCACCGCCGCCAUCUGCGGCUGGCUCCAGUACGUGCUGGGCUGGAAUCGCAGGAAGGUGCAGUACUUUCUCGUGGCCAAAAGGCCGGCUGUGUACAUUGAUGAAGACGCCUUGGCCCAGGCAGAGGAAGACUUUUAUCAGAAAUUUGGGAAGGUUCGGUCUUCCAUAUGCGGCGUAUAGGUGAUGGAUCUGCCUCCCCUGCGUCCCGGUUUCCUUACGAAGCCUGGAGUGAUGCUUAUAAAUGACGUAGAAAGCAAGAUUCUUCCUCAGCUGGAAAGACGGGUCUUGGCUACUGCCCUAACCUGCCUUCUUUAGUCUGGCACUGACUUUUGGUUACGCUUUGGUUGAGCUGUAUCUUCUUUGGAAUAUUUUACAAAGGAAGCUGUAAUUGACACACAAGAAAAGUCCACAAGCAGCUGGACUGUGCAGUGUGGUUCUGGCAUCAGACAGAAAGUGAAUGGGUGCAGUUCUGUGCCUGCAGGUGGCUCGGCCCCUGCAGCAUGGCGGCUGCUUUGCGGUACUGUGAAUGCACGACUGCCCUUGCUUGUUGCAUCGUGACUUGGCUUGCAGAAGAAAAGGUUGGGAGUUAUGUAGAUGGCAUCACUGCAUGUGUCCGUGCACACACAAACACACACAGAGACACACACACAGACACAUCUACAUACAUGCACAGCUUUUCUGCUGAACUGAGAUGGAAUUAUAAAGUAAGAGUUGGUCCUUUGACCAAAGAAGGGAAUAGGGUAGGUGGGAGCCUAGGCUAUGAUAAAGUAAGAGCCUCAUAUGACCCAAAGUGAUGACUUUCUAGAUAUUUUUUUUUUUUUUUUGCAUUCUGCUUCAUGGUUGUUAAAAUGUGUUCCAAGGCCUCGCCUUCCUUCUCUACCCACAACCCUGUGUGAGAGCCUCAGUAGCAUUAUUAUCUCUAUUUGUUUUAGCUGAGGCUCCGGAAGUAGAGAGAGCAUGCCCAAGGUCUCCUGGCUGGUCAGGGACAAGCUGGGGUUUAUCACCCAGGUUUAUUUGACUCAGUGCUUUUUCAACACAACCUGUGGUUUUGCCAGCACAGAGGUCGGUCUCUGUCAGAGGAAGGUCGAUUUUUUUGCAGCAGUUUCUACAGUGAGACAUGGAACAGUGCUCUGAUCAGUUGCCAUAGAAUUCAGGAAAGUAGUUAUCCUAAUUUAAGCCAUGGGGACUGUCUCAAGGCCAGAGUGGCCUGAGCCAUACAUAGCUCACAAGAGGAGCUGUAUUCCCAAAAGAGCCCCAAGUGCCAAAGUCCACAGACAAUUGUUCCACAGUUCAGGAGUGAUCCUGCGUUAUCCCUCGGUUUAAUACAAAACACAGUUACUGUGCCUCCAGACUAUGCAACUCACUAUCCUGGGUUCUAUAGGAAAUAUAAAGAUUAAUAAGAUGUUGUCUUCAAAAAGCUCAUAGCCUAGGAAAAGCCCUGUGUUCAAUCAGGUGCACUGCAGGCUUGAACUAGUAAUGAUUUGCUGGAAUGCGGAAGGGGAAGUAACUUAUUGGGUACUUCUUAUGUGCUAGAGGCUUUAAAUCUUAUUUAAUGUAAGCUUCACGGUACUUUAUGAGGGAGAUUUUAUUAUCUCCAUUAUACAGAUGAGGAAACUAAGACUCAGAGAGAUUAAAUCAGCUGUCCUCUAUCACAUGGUGAAUAAAUAGAUGAAAUAA